AUGGAUAACCACCGCCAUUUUGGAGUUGAUCAUGAUGGUGAUGAUAUUGACGGUGAUGAUGAGUUUAGGUACCUGAUCGUACGGCCAGAGAAGGGAGGACUCAGGGACUUGUUUAGGUACUCGGUGUUGCAAAAGGUAGACAGUGGGGUUCGGUUUCUUGAGGGCUCAGACGAAGAAGUGGUGGGUAGAGUGGCAGGGGAUCACAGAUGGGUCAUAGUGGUGUCCAUAAUUGCCCGGAAAAUCAUAGGCCUUUUUGGGAAGCCUCUGGAGUGGACUGGCUACCUUGUUGACUUCAUCCUCAACCUCUUGUCUCUCAAUGGAGGCCUCUUUGGCUUGCUCAUAACUCUGCUUCAUGGAAAAGUCGUGGUGCCGCAGAGGGGCACAGAGACUUUCAUAAGUACAAUUGGGCAUUUUGAUGGGCGGAUAGACCUCUACAAGGGUGAAAACUUAGCAGAAACAAGCCUAAAAGCUGAACUGGGUAACAACAGGGCUCUCAUGGAUCUCUGUAUGAUGGCUGCCAAGUUAGCAUAUGAGAAUGCACAAGUCGUUAGAUAUAUCGUGGUUGACCAUUGGAAGAUGCAUUUUGUGAAAUUCUACAAUUGCUGGAAUGAUUUCCAAAAGCAGAUGUCCACCCAAGUGUUCAUGCUUUGUGACAAGCCUAAAGAUGCAAAUUUGAUACUGAUCAGCUUCAGGGGAACAGAACCUUUUGAUGCCGAUGAUUGGAGUGCCGAUUUUGACUACUCUUGGUAUGAAGUUCCCAAAUUGGGGAAAGUACACAUGGGAUUCUUAGAAGCCUUAGGCUUGGGGAAUAGAACUAAUGCUGUAACCUUCUACAAUCAACUCAUAGAGAUGCAGAAAGAAUUCACCUCUGCAAAUUGUGUUGAUGUUAGCCAAAGAUCUUCAGAAGGUUCCAAAGCAUCAUCCUCAAACAUUGAUUCUCACAUGAAACAAAGUGGAGGUGAUCGGUUUAGCAAGAAGAUAGUUCCACCAGACAUGGGGGAGAAGUCUGCAUACUAUGCUGUGAGAAGAAAGCUCAAGAGCUUACUUGAGGAGCACAAAAAUGCAAAAUUCGUAGUUACCGGGCAUAGCCUAGGUGGGGCACUUGCUGUACUGUUCCCAUCAGUGCUGGUGUUGCAUGAGGAGAUGGAGCUGAUGCAAAGGUUGCUGGGUGUGUACACAUUUGGGCAGCCCCGGGUAGGUAAUAGGAAACUGGGGAGGUACAUGGAAGCCCAUUUGAAUUCUCUGGUCCCAAAGUACUUCAGGGUUGUCUACUGCAAUGAUCUUGUGCCCAGGUUGCCUUACGACGACAAAACCUUCUUGUAUAAGCAUUUUGGGGUGUGCCUUUACUAUGACAGCCAAUUCAAUGAACAAAGAAUGGAGGAGGAACCAAACAGAAAUUACUUUGGAAUAAGAUAUCUGAUACCAGAAUAUCUGAAUGCUGUUUGGGAGCUGAUAAGAGGUUUAACAAUGGGCUACACAUAUGGGCCAGAGUAUAGAGAGGGUUGGUUCUCCAUUUUGCUAAGGAUUAUAGGACUGGUGGCUCCUGGUGUCUCUGCGCAUUGCCCUACAAAUUACGUCGAUUCAGUGAGGCUGGGAAAGGAGCGCAUUGUUCAGAUGUCUUCUUUUUAA